AUGAGUCUUCCGCUACAGGCUCUCUUACGCCUACCAUCAUGCCUUAGAACGCAGGCUUUCGCCGCUGCCCCAAAGCCGUGGCCAACCAAUUACAAUCUCCAGAAGACGAACAGAGCAUUCAGUUGCAAGUCGAAGCUACUACAGAAGCUCGCCAAGCAAAUCUCUAGACAGCCUCCUGCAUUCAAGAAACCAACUACAUCAAGUUCCCCGAAGUCGCCAUCUCGGGGCGCUAAUCCAGCUCGGCCACCGUCCAGAGCGCAACAGCAACACUCCUACACCGAGCAAUUACUCGGAGGCCGCGAUGAAGUACUACUCUACAAGGCGCCGAAUCACCGCUCGUACUACGUUACGUCCUAUGUCUGCGGAGGGAUCUUUGUUCUCUGGGCUCUGGUACAGUCCAGCAUCGUUGGCGUCUACCAGCAGAUGAAUGAGUCCAACAGCUGGGGCAAAUAUGUACUGACCGCCAUCACGAUGGGAACAUCUCUAAUCGCGGUCACUGCUGGCAUGUUCAUGAUCAUGGCCCCUGUCGGAGUGAUAUGGACGAUCACGCUCCGUUCAGUACCCCUGCCGUCUGCCCUGAACGGAGCCAAAACGCCAAUGCUACGGUUCCAAAUGAGGAGAUUAGUCCCGCUUCUCAAGCCUCAAUUUGUUGAAGUCGAGCCUCCAAAGGCUCUGCUCGAUCGUGUAGUCACCGCGCAGGAUAUCGCGUGGACUUCGGUCCCGCUCACUGAAGCGUCAGCUUUCACUAGAACCGCGCAAUUGGAAAGCGCAACGCCCGGUGGUGGUCUUUUCCAAAACAUCAGGCGUAUAGCGUGGCGCGAGGGCUUUGCGCGUGUGUACUUCGAAAAUCAUGGGACUUGGAAGCUGGAUCUGCAGGGCUGUACGGUACUUGACCACGGCAAACCGCUGGAUCGACUGAUGGGCCACCAUGAUAGACUCGCCACAGGAGUUUGGGGACGACUCAAGCAGAUCUGGUCAGCUUGA